AUGGAUGCUGCUCUGAACUCUGCCUCUUGUCGCAGUAACUGUGUCAGAGGACAAAGUGGUGAUCUCCUCGAACAUUGCUGUGAAUUUUUAGAUGUGAAUGGAGGUGAGACGAUUGCAAAUCUGUGCAAAAGGAAGAACAACCUGAAGAAAAGAGUCCCAGGCAGGAUGUCUGUUGAAAAUCCUGUGUUUGGCUCUGAAGAUGCAGCAGGGUUCAUGAAGCAGCCAGUGAAGUUAAAGAGGACUGCACUACAUCGUGCCUCUUUAGAAGGCGAUACCGCUGUUGUCCAAAUGCUUCUGGAAAAAGGAGCUGAUAUCCACUUUGAAGAUCGACUGGGUUCCAGUGCCUUACACUGGGCCUGCAGAGGUGGAAGCCUGGAAGCUGUCAAAGCACUGAAGAGCCACGGGGCAGACCUGAAUGUUUGCGAUAAGGCAGUGGAGAGGCUGAUCCACCCAGCGCUCUGUGAGCAGUGCAUCGAGUUUCUGGAGCGCCGCCUAGUUCAACAGCUCAACAGCAGUGUGGAGAGAGCAGGAGAGGAGGUGCUGCACUCCUUCAUCCUGGUCCACACCAAACUACUUGCCUUCUACUCCAGUCGCAAUGCGAGUAGGCUCACCACCUCAGACCUGCUGGUACUCAUCAUCAUGGCACAGAAUAUGUAUCCUAGUAACACAGAUCUGGAUGACCCAGGUCCUGAGGAUAUAGAGAACACAUCCGGUUCUGGUCCUGACAUUUUCUACACCCCAGAGGUUUCUCCUACAGACGGAGACUCCAGUGGCUCAGACAGGCCAGUGAUUAGUUCUUCUCCUGUGUUUGAGUUUUUGGACCCAGACCUACAGAUGGGAGAAGACAGUUUGAAUACUCUGCAAGUCCCACCGCCUGAUCCUUCAACACGCAGAGUCUUCUUGGAGGUCUCACACAAGGAUGGCCUUUAUCCCAUGAUGCCUCACUCUAUGUACUGUCUGCCACUGUGGCCUGGCAUCACACUUGUACUGCUCACAAAGAUUCCCACCAGUACAGUGGCCAUGUCAGUUUAUGUGUUUUUAGAGGCGUUUGCAAAGCUGAUGAGGCAUUUAAGGGAAAGUCAAGAAGGUUCUGCUACAGCUAGAGGUCCUCACGUACACGACCUCCAUGGUAAACUGGAUAAAUUCAUCAAAGCUUUGAGCUCAACUGAGAUACAGUCCGCCCAGUUGCAAAGUGUUUGGACUGAGUUCAAGAACCGAGCUUUUGUCAGAGGAGGACUGAGGUUUAACAAAGAUCUGAUCCAGUUGUGUCAGAAUAUGAAGACCCAGCUGUGUGGCAUAUACCGACAAUGCUUUGUCACUGAUUCUGGAUCAGCCGGCGUUCCUCAGCGCCUCUCUACCAGCCUGCAGGAACGAGCCAAGUCCAUGCUGCAGGAGAAGCUUGUGGACUGGAAGGAUUUUCUGUUGGUCAAAAGCAAAAGAAACAUCACCAUGGUGUCUUACCUGGAGGAUUUUCCCGGCCUCAUCCAUUUUAUAUCUGUGGACCGUUCCACUGGCCAGAUGAUCGCACCAUCGCUCAGCACUACAGAACGCACUGCCUCCGAACUGGGGAAGGGUCCCAUAGCCAAUUUCAUCAAAAAAAAGGUCUGGAAGUUGGUCAGUACAUCACGGUGCUAUCUCCAGAAAGGCUACUCCACUGUUACAUUCCGCGAUGGAGACUUCUACUUCUGCUUCUUCCUCUGGUUUGAAAAUGAAACCGGCUACAAGUUGGAGGCCAUUGACCUGCCUGUAAUAGCUGAUGACUCUAAUCCCAUCGGAAUGCUUGCCUGGGACUACUACAGGAAGUUGCUGCGGUAUUAUAGGAAGAGUCACCCACGUGAGGUGGUGAAGUGCUACGAGCUGCUGACUGUUCACCUCGGGGUCAUUCCCACUGAGAUCAUCCUGCAGCACUGCAGACAGCUGGCCAGCAAACUGUGGGAACCUUCCCGCAAUCCACUGCUGUAGACACACCCACACAUCUAAAAA